AUGCCAGUUAAGACAGAUGCUUGGAAGAAGAGGAAAGAAGAUAUUGACGAGUGCAGCUCCAGGCAGCAUAAGUGCCACCGCUCCACCACCUGCACCAACACCUGGGGGAGUUACUUGUGCCAAUGCCGCCCAGGCUGGGAGCCAAUUCCUGGGAGACACAAUGGCUUCUACAAAGAGAUCUGCAAAGUCAAGCCCUUCUUCACCUGGCCUCUGUCCCCUGGAGUCCACAGCGAGAGUCUCUCCCGCUUCUUUGACAAAGUCAACAAUCUGCAAAAGAAUUUAAAGUCAGCCAUGGCCAAGGACACCAUUCAGGGGCUAAUGCAGGAGGUGGAUGAGCUGCUGGAGACCCCUGGGGACCUGGAGACCCUGCCCUCCUCACAGAAGCACUGUGUGGCCACUCACCUGCUGACAGGUCUGGAGAGUGCCCUGAGAUACCUGAGCAGGGGUCUGCCUGAGGGGACAGCAACCUUCAAUUAUUCUGCAGGCACACAACUGUCUGUAAAAGUGCAGAAGCGAAGAGAUGGUAAUGUCACCUUGAGUCUGAAUCAGACAAAGAUGCAGCUGAACUGGAAUCUGGCACAGAAAUCUGCUCACAGAGGCCCUUCUGUGGUGGGCUUGGUCUCCACCCCAGGGAUGGACAAGCUGCUGGCUGAGGCUCCCCUGGUCCUGGAGCCUGAGAAGCACGUGGCUCCCCAUGGGAAACCCAAGGACUCGCUGCUGAGAGUGUCACAUGUCCUGCUCUCGGAUGUCAUCUCAGCCUUUUUGAGAAUCAAAAACACCCAGAACCUCAGAUCUCCAGUUACCUUCACCUUCUCCCAUCCUCUGGUGUCCUCUGAGCCAAAGCGUGAAGUGCUCUGUGUCUUUUGGGACCAUGGCCAGAAUGGAUGUGGUCACUGGGCCACUGCAGGCUGCAAGACAUUGGGCACCAGAGACGGCAGCACCACCUGCCACUGUACCCGCCUCAGCAGCCAUGCAAUCCUCAUGGCCAGCCACAACGUGCAGACUGAUUAGAAAGACCAUCUGAGCUACAGCCUCCUUCCCCAUGGACAAUCUGAACCGCCACUGGGUCACUUUUUAACCAUAAGGACAGGACAAAGACUCUGUGCUGUGUGUUUCAAGAAAUCCAUCGUGUUGGCCAUGUGAAGGGAUUCUUGGAGGACAUGAUCGACAUUCAACUCUUGCAGAACCUGAAUUCUGUCCAUGCCCGACCUGGUGCUGAGCAAACUCAACAUCAGAUGCCAUCUGCAGCCCAAUUCCUCAGUUUCUUUGCUAAAUAUCCUUCUACUGCACCCCCUCCUAUGAGGCUUCUUCCAUGCAAAAAUUCUAGAAGCAAGAAAACCAGCCUGCCACGAUGCUCAUAUCAAUAAUAUUUAAAAGGACUUGAAUGCACUUUAAACUUUUUAACAAAAAAAGAAGAAGAAUAGAAAACAUAAAAGGUUUUUAUGGAAAUAUUGUGGUGUCUGCAAGGAAGAUGGCAUGCCCUAUGUGGGAUUUGGAAUAUUCAGGAUGUGGAAGGUUCCCAAGAAUGCCGUAUUCCACUUAAAUAUUUCGUAACGGUGAAGUCAUGGCCAAAUUACCAAGAAAAUAGAUCCCCAGGUAAUGUCAUGACAGAUGUGUUAGUGAAAACAGGAGGAGGAGAUAAGACUGAGCUGACAGGGAGAUGGGCCUGGGUCACUUCCUGGGCAGUGAGUACAAAUAGAACCUGCAGAUAUUUGCUAAGAAACUUACAAAAAGGCUAUUUUUAAGUCAGGACCUAUGUGACUCUGGUCCUUGCCUCUGCAAGGAAGAAAAAAUCCCUGAUUGACAUUUUCACUGGACUGAAGGCUGCAUGGACACUGCGUGCCAUGCCCAGGAGUGGAUAGGGGGUUGACUUCCUUACACCUCUAUAUCUAUAUAAACCCCUAGACAAUAGCCACACUUCAGUGACCCUCUCUGGGACCCCUCCCUCUUAAGGAGCCCUGCUUUCUAUUAGUCUAACAAAUCCUAUUACUUUGCUCUCAUUCUUGGGUCCAUAGAAGUUUAUUCUUUAAAUUUAUGAGAGAAAGAACCCAACCCCACGCUCUGUGCUACAUUA